AAUAAUGGUUGUUAGGCACCGUUUUUGUUAUAAGAAAGAGGAAGAAGGAAAGUUGGCAGCAUGGUCUUUUCUUUUUCUCAUAACCAUUAUCAAUUAAACUUUUUCUCCAAAGAUGAAAAGCAAAAGCAUCUGUUUCUGCAUCAGAGGGCGCCACAGCAAGAGAAAGGAAAGCAAAGUGGAAGAUUUGGAGAAACAUGUGAAGCCUAAUUACAAGGUGAAAACAAAAGGGUGUGAUCCAAGAAGUUUUGUUGGUGAUGGUGGUGACAGCAAUGUUCAUGGAGGCAGCAUGGUUGGUAGCAAUGAUGCAGGAGUGAGUGUUGCUGUGAUGAGUGCAGCUCAUAUGUCAUUGAUGAUUGGAAAUGAAGAUGGAUUUGGAAAUGGGCAUAUGGGGGAAUCUGGUGCAGAUGCUGCUGGUGACUGAUAUGUCAUACUCAGAUGUUACUGUCAAACAUAAAACUUUCAUGUACUUCCUUAAUAAAUGUUUCUUUUUGGUGUUGUUCUUUAACUGUAAUAGUUAUAUUUUAAUGCUACUUCUUGUAAUGUUAAGUAUUGUGGAGUUUCAAUUUUGAUAGUUAUCAUUCUUUUCAUGCAAAGUUAACUGUAUUGCUACCUAAGGAUUUUGUUUGUCAGAAGUAAGACUUUCGAAUCA